CGCGCACGCCUUCGCGUCUUAGCGUAGCUCUCUGCUGUCCGGUGAGAGCCGAGGAGGUGCUGGGGGCGGAAGCUCAUGGGGGCGGGGAGAGAGUGGAAGCGGUUUAUUGGGCUCGCGCUGCCUCGCCUGGUGUUCUUCCGUAUCCUUCCUCAAUCUUUGACCCUUUUCGUGGGACUUAUGUGGCUUGCUUUGUUAGGUUUGGAGGUUGAAAGGAAGGGGUUGUGGUUUACGGAAUGUCAUCGCUCCGCAAACCUUUUGAAGCCUGGUGGUGAGGUGUGAGUCUCCAUCAUAGCCUGUUUUUGAAACAGUUCGCCUACCAAACCACAGCAAAGAGGGGUUCCCAUCUUUUGUCCUGAACAAAAGCUGGUGCACGUUCUGUAUAUGGGGGAGGGGGGUAAUGGCUUUGGAGGAAAGGUUUGAGAAAUGGAGGGGUGGAGAUUCAGGUGCCAAAGAAGGGGAAAUCACUUGAGAACUUUGUUAUAUACCUACACAUAAUAUAUGAUAAGUCUAAAUUUGGUGAAUUAAAAAAAAAAAGCAGAAGACGAGAAAAACUGGGUAGAGUUACAGAUGUUAUAGAAGGAAUUGAGCAGUAAUUAGGAAAAUGAAAAAUAACCUGAGGAUAACUAUAUUCAAGUAAAGAAACAGAGAGGAGUCAGGGUGGAGGAUAGUCAGAAGGAAUUUUUCAUCAGUUGGCCAGAAAUGGUUUAGGAAAAGUUUCUUGAAAUAGAAGCUGAAGGGUAAUGAAGGGGUGGAGAGGAAAGUGAACCUCACUUCCUUCUCCGUGUACACUUUCCCUCGUUCAUUCAAAAAGCAUUUAUUAAGUUCCUACUCUGUCCAGCACUGUGCCAGGCUCAAGGCUCCUGUUCUUCAGAGCUUCAUAGUAUAAUGGGAAAGACCUGUAAACAAAUAAUGGCAGCCUUGUGCUAAGAGCUGUUAUGAACAGUGGUGCCCUGGCCACUGUAAGAAAGCUCUAGACUACAACCCUAGCUUGGGAAAGGAGAGUUAUAAAUGUGUUUCUAGGUUUCCUAGAGGAGAUGACAUCUGAACCAAUGGAUGGAAAGUGAAUUGGAGGAGAGUGCUAGGCAGAGAAAGUAUUUACAAAAGUCUGGAGACAAAGCAAAAUGAAGUGUUUAAACAGAAUUGGAGUCCUGGCUUUCAAGAGAGGGACUAUCAGAAGGGAGGUUGUUGAAAAGAGAGGUCUAAAUUUUGCAGGGCCUUGUGUUGUCAUUCUAAGGAAUUUAACCGUAAUCCUAUAGAACACUAAGAAGUUUGAAGGAUAUUAAGCAAGUGAGAUAGCUACAUUUAGAUUUAGGAAGUUAACUCUGGAAGGAGAAUUGGCCUGAGAGUUGAGAGACCUAUUUAGACGCUUCUGAAAUAAUCUGGGUGAAAAAAUGCUGAGGGCUUGAAAUAAGUCGGAGGCAAUAAGAAAUGGAGAUAAAGGGAAGAAUUUACUUCACAUACUACUGUAAUUUACCUGUUCUGUUUGCGGGCGUAGACGAGCAGUGCCUUUAUGGCUAGGGCUUUGUAUUCAUCCUUGUAUCCUCAGCGGUCGCUCAGUGAUGGGCCGAGUUGCUUGUGGUGAAGGUGGCAGAUGAAUUCAGAAAUGAAAUACUCGGGGGAGCAGUAACGAGGAGAUCCUUAAGAAUAUGCCUAGGAGAGUGCUGAGAGAAAAAAAAAAGUGAAAUGCAGGAAGUCCGUAAGCGUUAGGAAGGAGAAUCCCCAAAGAAUCCCUGCCUCUUCCAUUGGUUCCCAAUUCCUCGCCCUCCGGAGCCAUACGAACUACAACCGGCGUCCGGUUUUCCCGCGGAUCUCAGGCGGCUCCGCCUCCCCGGCACUCCGUGGUCAAAGGCACCGCAGCUCUAGGCCACGCCCUCUUGGCACUGGCCGCGUUCUCCUACGCUCCCUGCACCUGAGGGACCGCCCACAUUGGCUAAGCCACACCCACCUCGGUAUCCCUCCGGUUACAGGCUUUAUUGGCUCCGCCCCCUCCCGGGAGGUCUCUCGGUGGCCCCACCUCCGCCCGCCCUGCCCAGCCUUCCCGCAACUCUCGCCAGGGGGCGCAGCGCAACCCCCCUGCCACCCGCGGCAGAGUCUGUCGCACACACCCCCUCCGCCGGCGCGCCGGCAGUUCCUAGCCGACUACGCCUCCGCUCAGAGCCAGCCCGGCUGCUCCCGCUCCGACUCCGGAAAGGGUCGGGGGUCCCGAAUGGCCGCGGCAGGGUAUAGGAGGCCAAACGUGUAGGCCGACAGGCGUCAUGGAGGCGGAGCAGCGGCCGCCGACUGGGACCAGCGACGGGGCGACCCCUGGACUGGAGGCGGCGCCUCCUGCUGCCCCGGCGUCUACGACCACGGCCUCCGGUCCGAUCCCUGGGUCCGGGCCCGGGCCUGAGCCCAAGAGGAGGCAGCUCGGGACGCUGCUCCAGCCUACGGUCAACAAGUUCUCCCUUCGUGUGUUCGGCAGCCACAAAGCAGUGGAAAUCGAGCAGGAGCGGGUCAAGUCAGCGGGGGCCUGGAUCAUCCAUCCCUACAGCGACUUCCGGUUUUACUGGGACCUGAUCAUGCUCCUGCUGAUGGUGGGCAACCUCAUUGUGCUACCUGUGGGCAUCACCUUCUUCAAGGAGGAGAACUCUCCGCCUUGGAUUGUCUUCAACGUCCUCUCUGACACUUUCUUCCUGAUGGAUCUGGUGCUCAAUUUCCGCACCGGCAUUGUCGUUGAGGAGGGCGCUGAGAUCCUGCUGGCACCUCGGGCCAUCCGUACACGCUACUUGCGCACCUGGUUCCUGGUCGACCUCAUCUCCUCUAUUCCCGUGGAUUACAUUUUCCUGGUGGUGGAGCUGGAGCCACGACUGGACGCCGAGGUCUACAAAACAGCGCGGGCCCUGCGCAUCGUGCGUUUCACCAAGAUCCUUAGCCUGCUGCGGCUGCUCCGCCUCUCCCGCCUCAUCCGCUACAUACACCAGUGGGAGGAGAUCUUUCACAUGACCUAUGACCUGGCCAGUGCGGUGGUUCGCAUCUUCAACCUCAUCGGGAUGAUGCUGCUGCUAUGUCACUGGGAUGGCUGUCUGCAGUUCCUGGUCCCCAUGCUGCAGGACUUCCCUCCCGACUGCUGGGUCUCCAUCAACCACAUGGUGAACCACUCGUGGGGCCGCCAGUAUUCCCACGCCCUGUUCAAGGCCAUGAGCCACAUGCUCUGCAUUGGCUACGGGCAGCAGGCACCUGUGGGCAUGCCCGAUGUCUGGCUCACCAUGCUCAGCAUGAUCGUGGGCGCCACGUGCUACGCUAUGUUCAUCGGCCACGCCACCGCCCUCAUCCAGUCCCUGGACUCCUCCCGGCGCCAGUACCAAGAGAAGUACAAGCAGGUGGAGCAGUACAUGUCCUUCCACAAGCUGCCAGCGGACACACGGCAGCGCAUCCAUGAGUACUAUGAGCACCGCUACCAGGGCAAGAUGUUCGAUGAGGAAAGCAUCCUAGGCGAGCUGAGCGAACCGCUUCGGGAGGAGAUCAUUAACUUCACCUGCCGGGGCCUGGUGGCCCACAUGCCGCUGUUCGCUCACGCCGACCCCAGCUUCGUCACGGCUGUGCUCACCAAGCUGCGCUUUGAGGUCUUCCAGCCGGGGGACCUCGUGGUGCGUGAGGGCUCCGUGGGCAGGAAGAUGUACUUCAUCCAGCACGGGCUGCUCAGUGUGCUGGCCCGCGGUGCCCGGGACACCCGCCUCACUGAUGGAUCCUACUUUGGGGAGAUCUGUCUGCUGACUCGGGGCCGCCGCACAGCCAGUGUGCGUGCUGACACCUACUGCCGCCUCUACUCACUCAGUGUGGACCAUUUCAAUGCUGUGCUCGAAGAGUUUCCCAUGAUGCGCCGGGCCUUCGAGACAGUGGCCAUGGAUCGGCUGCGCCGCAUCGGCAAGAAGAAUUCCAUACUACAGCGGAAGCGCUCCGAGCCUAGUCCGGGCAGCAGUGGGGGCCUCAUGGAGCAGCACUUGGUGCAACACGACAGGGAUAUGGCUCGGGGUGUUCGGGGCCUGGCCCCAGGCACAGGAGCUCGGCUCAGCGGAAAGCCAGUGCUGUGGGAGCCUCUAGUACACGCGCCCCUGCAAGCAGCCGCCGUGACCUCCAAUGUGGCCAUUGCCCUGACUCACCAGCGGGGCCCUCUUCCCCUCUCCCCUGACUCUCCAGUCACCCUCCUUGCUCGCUCUGCUCGAAGAUCAGCAGGAGCAGGCUCCCCAGCCUCCCCACUGGUACCUGUCCGAGCCGGCCCUCUGCUGGCCCGGGGGCCUUGGGCAUCCACCUCCCGCCUGCCGGCUCCCCCUGCCAGAACCCUCCAUGCCAGCCUAUCCCGGGCUGGGCGCUCCCAGGUGUCCCUGCUGGGCCCGCCUCCAGGUGGAGGUGGGCGGCGCCUAGGACCUCGGGGCCGCCCACUCUCAGCCUCCCAACCCUCACUGCCUCAGCGGGCAGCAGGCGAUGGCUCUCCUGGGCGGAAGGGCUCAGGAAGCGAACGCCUGCCCCCCUCAGGGCUCCUGGCCAAGCCUCCAGGGACAGCCCAGCCCCCCAGGCCACCGGUGCCUGAGCCAGCCACGCCCCGGGGCCCCCAGCUCUCUGCCAACAUGUGAAACCUUUGGGUAAGCUCUCAGGUGCAGUGGCAUGUGUCCAAGGGCAGAUGCCUCUUGGGAACACCAGGAGGACCUGAAACACUGCCCUAUGGGAGUAUCUCCCCUUAGUACAAAGAAGAUGGCCUCUGUCCUCAGCUCAGGCGCCCUGCAGCCUGACACCCUCCUAGUCCACUCACCCAUUCAUCAAAAAUACCGAGUGCCUACCAUGUGCAAGGCACUGUGCCAGGCGCUGUAUGUCCCCACUGCCAAGUAGAAGUGACUCCAAGCCCUCUGAUGAGGUUUAGUCCCCUGGCCGUGGUCUUGCCAGGUGCAGGCCCGGCCCGUGAUCUCAUCUUACUAAGCACAAGUACUUGUCAUCGCCAUCACUGCCACGUAACCAGAUGUCUCUGUUUUUCUGCCCAUGACCUUGCAGGUUCUGCCUGGCAUGGUUGUCUUCCCAUCCUGCUAGCAUAGCUGGGCACUGCCAAUUCCUUGUGCCCCCACUGCUGUCAACAAAUGUCUUGGGUCCCCAUGUGGGCAUCCAGCUUGACUGCCGUGUGUGGACCCUCCCUGUCUACACCCCCUGAACGGGAACACGGAUCUCCUGCCAAGUUUCCUGCAUUCUCUGUCUCUGUGGUAGAAUUGCCUUUUUAUAAAUUGGGAGCCACCUCUUCCCUGUGCCCCUGUCCCAGUGGUGUUCCCGUUGGAGCUAAGGGAUUGUUGACACCCCCUUUAUUCAGUGUGCGAGCCUAGAUUCCCCCCACCCCGGGGGGGGGCAAGUGGCUGAAUCCUUAGAUGGCAUUUUUUUUUCUUUCCUUCCUUCCUUAUUUAAUUAUUCUUAUUUAUUCAAUUCAUUUAAUAAGUAUUCAUUAGUAUUUAUUAAUUUACUUGUUAAUUUUAUUUAUUAUCAAUUCGUUUUAUUCACCCAUUUCUUGAUCCAGCCCUCCCCUCCUGGUAGGGAGGCAGGAAUGGGCAGGGCCCCUCCAUGCCAGCUCUUGUGGUCCUUGCCCAACUCUCAUCAGCAGCAAUACUUGAAUCCUCUCCCUAUCUAGGUAGGGGUAGGAAGGGCCACCUGAGAGGAGGAGGACUGUUUUUAUUUUUAGGGUUUUUUUUCUUCCUACUGAGUUUGCUGAAGGUGCAGAAGCAAGGGGAGGGCCUGAGGUAUCCAAGCCUGGGGAAGGGUAGGCUAGCCAGUGCCUCUGCCUUCUCAGGGAUAAGAGAAAUCCCUAACCCCACCCCUCUGUCCCCGUGCCUACUCUGCAGCAUCAAAGAAUGUGGGACCAGGACCCCAAAUCUCCUUUUCUCUUGGGUGGGGAGUUCUGGGGUUCUGGGUGGGUGUGGGAGUUUUAUAUUGCUUCCAAAAGCUGGGUUUAAAAAGAAAAUAGAGACACUUGUUUUGGCUCCUGGUUCAUGAAUGGGCAUAAAGUGGGCAUUUUAGGGGGCAGGCGGAGGCCCAGCAAGGCAUGAGGUGGGUAUGAGGGCAGCCAGGGAGUAGCCUGCAAGCCUGAAUGUGAUAAA